CCGAAGGAGGAGCUGCAACCGGCUGACGUGCAAAAGGGCCGCGGAGGCGCUGCAGCUUUGCACUCUUGCAACGCGCGUGGCGUGCAUUUGCUGCGACCGCGGGCGAGGGGGGGCGGCGGCGGCGGGCAGGGCCUCCAGCGCAGGGCGAUCCCCCCGGAGCGAGCGCUGAGCGGCACCGCGGCGCCCCCGGCCAGGCGCAAAGGCGCUCGGAGCCCAGCCGGGCGAAGCGCAUGGCCACGCCGGGAGCCGCGGCGCCCGGAGGUCCGCGGGCAGCCCUGGAGGACCCCGGCCCGCCGCCCCAGCCGCCCCCCGGCGGACCCCAGCCCGCGGGGACCCCCCAGGCCCCGGGCGAGCCGCUGGCCACGGCCCCCGCGCCGCUUCCCGCACCCCAGCCUUGCGCGGCGCCCGAGUCCAAGUUCCUGCCGCCGCAGGCGCAGGCCGCGACCCCCGCCGCCCCACCCGGGCCGGGCCUGGAGAACUAUUCGUUCCUGCCCCUGGUGCACGACAUUAUCAAAUGCAUGGAUAAAGACAGCCAGGAUGUCCACCAGCUGUUGAACGAGCUGAGAACUAAAUUUGUGGAGACCCACAAACUGAUCAAAAGCAUGCAGGGCAUCAGCAGGAGCCCCGAACAGCAGCACCAGCAGCUGCAGCACCUCCGAGAACAAGUGAAAACGAAGAACAAACUACUGCAGAAAUAUAAAACUCUGUGCAUGUUUGAAGUCCCCAAGGAGUAAAGGAGACGUCGCUCUGCAGACAGGACAGUUCCUUGGAAGCGGCAUUUGCCAGACAUGGCCACUUUAAGAGGCGUGGACUUCAACUCCCCAGCUGGCUGGGGAAUUCUGGGAGUUGAAGUCCACGCCUCUUAAAGUGAUCAAGUUUGAAAAACAUUGUGCUAAUGUAAAUGGACCUGAUGUGCAAUUUGUGAGCCCAAUAGGGUGUGAUUGUGCAAAACUCACUUGGUGUGUGUGGGGGGUGAUGUCUGUGGGCCGUUUUCUGUGCACCUGGGUGGUAAAGCUAUGCGAGAGUGUACCACUUCAUCAGGUGGGUGGGGGGGGUCCAUCCUGCCUAUUCCUGGAAUUAAAAGUGAGAAAAAUUAAAAUCCUAGAUGUUGCAAAGCCUGGGAUGAAUUUUCAGGUUAGCUUUCUACUUACUAAUAAGUUGAUUAAUGGUGGUUUUAUUUCCUUGUCUUCCUGGCUGGGCUUUUCACCCCUUCAGCCCCCCCCUCCUGUGGGAUGAAGUGGUACACUCCAGGUGGAAUUGUGCCACACGUUUUAAAGGGGAAGGGACCACUUUGUUGAGUGGUAGGGACUAUCUUUGAAUCCCGUUUUUCAGCCCGCAGGAAAUAAUGUUUCUUAUGCAGCGAAGCAGCAAGGGAGAAAAUGGAAGCAGCAUUUAAAAUCUUCAGCAAAUUAAAAAAAGUAGCUUCAUGACUUAUGUCUGAAUUUUAUUAAAUUUAUGUGACGUCAAUCAUCAGUUUCCAUGGAAGAUGUCAUUCAUGGAGAAAGUCUCCAUUUAUCCAUGUGUGAAUGUUGUUUCGAUUAUUUUUAGCUUGCUUGUUGGGAGCAAAUACUGCUUCCUUAAUAGCUUUGCUAAAAAAAUAAUUUGGGGGGGGAAAGAUGGUGGUGGAUUAUAUUAAUAUUCUGGGGUUGCCUGUGCACCCCUCCCCCACUGACGUGGCCUGUAAUGCUUAACACUCUUGGUUUAUUUUACUUACGUCGUUCUUUGUCAGAUUUGCCAGCUGUGUAACCUUUUCGCUUCAGAAAUAGCCCUCUUUAAACAUGCAGCAUGGAUAUGUGUGUGGUUUUUUUCACAAAAUCACUGCAUCAUCACUGCUUCAUCUCAUCUUUGAUAGGAUGAAAAGAUAAAAAUCUGAUCUCUCGUCUGUUUAAGGCUGAUCUGGGAUUAUCUUAAUCUUCUUGCUCACCAGCCUUUCAAUCCUGAUCCUUAAUCAUGUCAUUUUUUGUUUUUUUCCUUCUUGUUUUUUUAAAUCAUGUUAAUUUUUUUCUUUGUUUUUCUUCUUUCUUUCUGUGUAAGAAUGUUGAUUCUCUCCCUGCUGGAACAUUAGGACAGUUACUAUUAAUUAAAGUGACACUGAGUGACGUUAUUGCUUCUGUAAUUAAAAUUAUUUCUGGUCUGUGAAAGUCAAUAAUAAAAUAACUUGCAAUUUCAAAGAAUUGAA